GCAGAAGCAAAUUCCAUUCUGUAUUUGUGCUACAAACAGAAUUGCUGCAGGCCUAACCCGAGGAGGUAUAGCUGCAGACUACAGCGGCAAAUGUUUGUAAAUAACGCGAAUUCUCAAAAAUAGUUAGUUUUUGCAGUGACACUGUUGUUUUUGAGCUAUUUAAGUUGCAAAGAUCAAUAAUAUACUAUGACAAUUUGGGGCCGACCGGGCAAGUAAGAGUUGUUGUUGUUGUUUUUAAACAGCCUUUCUCGUAUUUACCACCGGUACGUACCGUUAUUUUUAGGUAGCUGAGUGUUAACGUCACUUGCCAAACAGUUGUGUGCAAUACGGUACAGCCCUGGUGCAAGUUGCUUACAAGAGUAAGGUGAAAACACAGCAUUCCUGAUCUUACAGCCGUCGGAAAAUAUCAUUUAAAUGCACCCCAUACCUUUAAUUUGACACAGGGACAUUUGCUAUUAUUCCAGUCGUGCGUGUGUAGUUUAAGCUGAACACAUUAUAAAACAUGAUUUUAAUUAACGGAUUUUCACAUGCACAAAAGGUAGAAAAUGCGUUUAUAUCUGUAAUGGUCAGAUGGUUUUCUGCAGUAACGAACGAUGCGUCAGGAACGAGGCAACGCUGUAGGCUGCGUGUUUUGGUCGACAUGGAUGGAGUCCUGGCGGAUUUUGAGGGAGGGUUUCUAAAGAAAUUUCGAGCAAAGUUUCCCAAUGAUCCUUACAUUAGCUUGGAAGAUCGCAGGGGAUUUUGGGUCUCCACCCAGUAUGGACAGUUAAGAAGUGAUCUCUGUGAGAAGGCAAUUAGUAUUUGGGAGUCGCAGAACUUCUUUAUGGAACUCGAUCCUCUUCCUGGGGCGGUGGAGGCUGUGCAGCAGAUGUCAAGAUUUAAAAACACAGAUGUAUUUAUUUGCACAAGUCCUAUAAAGAUGUACAACCACUGCCCUUAUGAGAAGUACGCCUGGGUAGAAAAGCAUCUUGGCAGUGAUUUUCUGGAACAAGUCAUCCUGACGAGAGACAAAACCGUGGUGUCUGCUGAUCUGCUUAUAGACGACAGACCAGAUAUCACAGGGGCGGAGUCUCACCCCACCUGGGAGCACAUCCUGUUUAGUGCCUGUCACAACAAGCAUCAGCAACUGAACCACCCAAUCAGGAGACUCCACUCAUGGAGCGACAACUGGAGGGCCUUACUGGACAGUAAACAGCAAUAAUGUCUUUAUUUCAUGUCUUAAAUGGAUAGCACCGAUAUUACUUUUAUUGAUAAACGUUUGACUACUAAAUGGUUCCAAAUGUAGUGUACGAAUGGAAAGUUUUUAUUAGGAACCAGUAGGUAACCCAUUUUUUUAAUAUACAAAGAUGAUAUGUUAUAUCGAAAUGUGGUCUUUGUAUAACCUACAGCAGGUAGGGGGUACAGUGCAUAUGGUUCUUCCCAGAUGCUUGUUUUCUAAUUCAUGUGUAGUCCUGGGUCUGUUAUUAAUUUAAAAUCAUUGUAUUUCUCUUGUACUGUAUGUCUAAUAUUUAGGUAUUUUUGACAGGGCUAAGUUGGAAAAGAAAUAUUAUACAACCCUCUCUACCUUCAUUCUUUUUAAGCUGUCUAAAUGCAAGUUUUAACAAUUGAGUCUAGUACAUGUUUUUUUGUGUUGGCUGUAAACUUGGGGUUAUUUAUUUGGGUCUUUUCACAAUAUGAUGUCUGUCUGCAGGAAUAGGACUUGCUGACAGACAAAAAGUUUGAAAUUACCCAUAAUCUUCUGAGGAAUGCACAGACACACGCACAAAAGUAAUGUCCAUUUAUGGCCAAAGUGUUUAACUACUAAAGUAACAAAAAGAGUCUUGUACACUAAUAAUGUAAUGAUUACACCGUGUCACAAAUUAUUAUAAUUUUUUUGUUCCUGGGUAGUAAGUGUUAUUUCCUAAUUGCUUAUGC